UUCGGGCAUGCGUAGUGGUGGGGAUGGAGCGUGACGGUGCGCGAGCUGGGCGUCCUCGGGCGCCUGCGCGCCGCCCGUGACCCGGAAGCGCUCCGGCGGCGGCCCGUUGCGGUAGCGGAGGGGUUCUGCACGCUGACAGCCCCUCGGCUGCGCCGUUUCCAUUGCCGCCAUGUCCCGAGGUUCCAGCGCCGGCUUCGACCGUCACAUCACCAUCUUCUCGCCCGAGGGCCGCCUCUACCAAGUCGAGUAUGCUUUUAAGGCCAUAAACCAGGGCGGCCUUACUUCUGUAGCUGUUCGUGGGAAAGACUCUGCAGUAAUCGUAACGCAGAAGAAAGUACCUGACAAGUUACUGGAUUCCAACACGGUAACUCAUUUAUUCAGCAUUACUGAAAAUAUUGGCUGUGUGAUGACAGGAAUGACAGCUGACAGCAGAUCCCAGGUGCAGAGAGCCCGCUAUGAGGCUGCUAACUGGAAGUAUAAGUACGGCUAUGACAUCCCUGUGGAUAUGCUAUGUAAAAGGAUUGCAGAUAUUUCUCAGGUCUACACGCAAAAUGCUGAAAUGAGGCCUCUUGGUUGCUGUAUGAUUUUGAUUGGUAUUGAUGAAGAACAUGGCCCUCAGGUGUACAAGUGUGAUCCAGCAGGUUACUAUUGUGGAUUCAAGGCCACAGCUGCAGGAGUUAAACAGACAGAGUCGACCAGUUUUCUUGAAAAGAAAGUAAAGAAGAAAUUUGAUUGGACAUAUGAACAAACUGUAGAGACAGCAAUAACGUGCCUGUCUACAGUACUAUCCAUUGAUUUCAAACCUUCAGAAAUAGAAGUUGGUGUAGUUACGGUGGAAAAUCCGAAGUUCAGGAUCCUUACAGAAACAGAGAUUGACAUGCACCUUGUAGCUCUGGCAGAGAGAGACUAAAUAGCUUUCCUAUUUCCAUUGUCUGUGCUUCUGACCAGGGUAUUUGGUGAAAAGAAGACGCUUAAUAACGGCUUUAGAUUAUGGAAUGAAAACGAUGUUCACAAUACAAUGUAUUUUACUCUGUACAAAUAAAACAGAGGUUUUUGAAAUA